UUGCUUAUUCCCGGAGAUCCCGGGAUUUCCUGAGCCCCUUCCCUGUUCCCGGGGCAGUGGGAGCCGGGGAGCGGUGACCGGCGGUGCUUCACACCGCUCCAUUGUGUCCGCUGCUGGAUGCCCGGACCAAGAUGUCAGGGAAACAUUACAAAGGGCCCGAAGUCAGCUGCUGUAUCAAGUACUUCAUCUUCGGUUUUAACAUUAUAUUCUGGUUUUUGGGAGUGGCCUUUCUUGGAGUUGGACUCUGGGCCUGGAGUGAGAAGGGAGUGCUGUCAAAUAUCUCCUCCAUCACAGACCUGGGCGGCUUUGAUCCAGUCUGGCUCUUCCUUGUUGUCGGUGGUGUGAUGUUCAUUCUGGGAUUUGCGGGGUGUAUUGGUGCUCUGCGGGAGAACACCUUCCUCCUCAAGUUUUUCUCGGUGUUCCUCGGAGUAAUUUUCUUCCUGGAGCUCACUGCGGGGGUGCUGGCUUUUGUCUUCAAGGACUGGAUCAGAGAUCAGCUCAACUUUUUUAUUAACAAGAACAUUAGAGCCUAUCGAGAUGACAUUGAUCUGCAGAACCUCAUUGACUUCACACAGGAAUACUGGGAAUGUUGUGGCGCCCACAGUGCUGAUGACUGGAACCUGAACAUUUACUUCAACUGUACAGACAGCAACACGAGCCGGGAACGCUGUGGUGUGCCUUUCUCUUGUUGCACCAAGGACCCCACGGAGGACGUCAUUAAUACCCAGUGUGGGUACGAUGUGAGGUUGAAAGAGGUCCUUGAGCAACAGAAUUAUAUCUACACUAAAGGCUGCGUAGGGCAGUUUGAGAAGUGGCUGCAGGAGAAUUUGACGGUGGUUGCUGGAAUAUUUAUUGGAAUUGCAUUGUUGCAGAUUUUUGGCAUCUGCCUGUCUCAGAACUUGGUGAGUGACAUCGAAGCAGUUAAGGCCAGCUGGUGACUCUGCACCCUCUUCCAGACUGUUCCGUGGCAGGAAACACAACAGCCCUUGGACUGUUCCCAGUGUGCUGAACCGGAAGGUGCCCCACAACAAGGGUGGGGAGUGAUGCACCCAAAAUCUUCGCAAAGUCGGUGUCUCCCUCCCACCCCUGCGCUGCCCCACCGACCCUCCCAAAAAGUGACUGUAGUGGAGAACGUGGUGUCAGUGCUGGGUUCACAAACUGCCAGGAGGAGAUCCCAAUGACGUAGCAGUCUGCCACCUGUCUCCCUUUUUACUGCAGUGCUGUGUGUGGGUUCUGUUGUUGAAUGGAUCCAAGAUUCUCGCAUGUAGACUUAAAUCUUCCCUAGACUGGAAUAACCAGAGGAAGCACCAUUCUCUCCUUUCCCUGCACACCGUAAAUAUUCCCUCUUAAAACAAAAAUCUAAUUUUGAUUCUAUGAUUUGUAACACAGGAGACCAUUGGAGCCCUUGUGCCUGUGUCCGGAGCUGUCUGUUGUAAUCCCUGUGUCUACAACUCCUCCAAAGUGCUGGAGGUACUCAGCAAGUCAGGCAGCAUCUAUGGAGGGAAAUAAACUAUCGACGUUUCCCUCCACUGUUCAUUUGGUGCAGCUGGUGACUGUUCAUCGACUGUUUAUUUCCCUCCAUAGAUGCUGCCUGACCUGCUGAGUUCCUCUAGCAUUAUGUGUGUGUUGCUCCGGAUUCCAGUAUCUGCAGAAUUUCUUGUGUCUACAGUUCCUCUCUACAUUUUACUUCAGUCAAACCUCAGUCCUUUCUAAAACCAUAAGAGCUUUAUAAAAGCUUCAUGAAAUCCAGGCCCAGAGAGUUGGUUUCUGGUAAGAACAUUAAACUGAAGGACUUACACAAAGAUUUAGAAAGCUGAAUUUUGCCCUGCUCUGCAAAUGGGGCAGUGAUUUGAACUCUUAUCUCGCCUGGAUAAUCUACAGCCCAAUGGUAUGAACAUUGAAUUUUCCGAUUUCAGUUAACCCACACCCUUGUAUUCCUUUCCGACUCCCACGUCCGCCCAGAAUCUCGCUCCCCUUCGUUACCGAGGCAUCACCCUCCCCCACCUGCCCAUCUCCCACUUGCCUCUCAACCUGGGUUCCUUCUCUCUUGGGUUCACCUUUCCAAUCUCCUCCCCCACCUGGUUUCAUCUGUCCAUCAUCCCUCCAUUGUUCGGUUCCACCAAUCACCUACCAGCCUCUAUCUCGCCCCUCCCUCCCACCUCUGUGUACCGGCUAUCUUCCCUCCACACUCUCAGCCCUGAUGCAGGGUUUCACCCUGAAGCAUCGACCAUCCCUCUGCCUCCACAGAUGCUGCUCAACUCAUUUUCCUCCAGUACUUUGUUUUUUUUUUGUGCUUGAAGCACGACGUGAGUUCCUGCAGAAAGAAAAGAAUUAUAAGUAAAAUAUUACAAUAGUAAAAUACUGUAUUAACAGAAUUUGUACACUGCAUUUCACAUCAAAUUGAUCUCUUAGCUUCCUGACUGUUUUGUUCCUUCACCCACUCCCAAUAUAACAAUGGUCUCUCCUGUAAUAUAAUCCAAACUGGUAGCAAGGGGUCGUUGUAAAAGGAAUGAGUUCCCCUGUGGUACAUAUUCAGUAUUAUUGUGUCUAAGUCGAUUUUCUUCUAGCACUUUGUUAAUUCUGCUUGCAUCCAGCUUCUGUAUGUUUGAUGUUUAAUCAGCAUGCUUAACCUGCAGUUUGAGCAGUGUUGCAUGAGAGUUUGCGGAAAGCUGAUGGUGGGAUUGCCCUGCCCCUGUAGAGGAGUGCACUUCCUCCGGGUUACAGCUCAGAUCAUUCCAAUCCGUGCACAACACUGGCGAGGUCCACAACAGGUGAAGGAGCCAUUUCAUCGAGACAUCAUUUGGUUUGUGGAUGGUGGUAAUUGACUUCAAAAUAAAAAAAAUCCUUUUUGUAUAUUGACA